AUGAGCUUUGUUUCUUCAGAUCUUCGAUCACUUAUUCUAUCCAUUUUUGACGGUUUGUCUGAGAGAUUCGAGAGCCGCGCUUUAACCUUAAUUGUUUUAGUUGUAUCAAGUGGUUUUUUACUAUUCAAGAAUAAAAGGUAUCUUACCAGGAUUAUGGAAAACAUUGGAACGGCGGGAGGAGAGCUGACCAGGAAUUUUAGAAACAACUAUGGGGGAAGUAUGUUUGGCGGGUGGGGGAAUCAGAAUUCAAAGCUGGAAUCGGAAAUGUUUCGCCGAGGUGGCUACAUUGGUGGUCUUGUAAAUGAUGGGAAUACCUGUUUUAUGAACUCUGUAUUACAGUCUCUUGCUUCUUCCGAGGAAUUGAUGAAAUUUCUGGACGAAGAGAUUGUAGCUGCCACGGAGGAGAACCACGAGGAACAAGAAACGCACGUUGAAAUUCCUGCUACUCUUGAUGGUGUGAAAAAUAGCUGUACGAAGAAGGGCAAGUGCUAUGGGAAACGCAAAAAGAGACAAGCGAGGCUUGCUGAGAAAGAAGCUGCUGAGCAAGAUACAGAACCCAAUGUCGCCUUCAGUGCUGCCCUAAAAGACCUUCUGGAUAAGCUCAAUGCCGAACAUAAUCGCGAUAGACCUUACUUCAAAACUAACAAACUUUUGAAAACUAUGUCAAAAGCUCCAAAUAAGAACAUCAUAUUGGGAUAUGACCAAGAAGACGCUCAAGAAUUUUUCCAAACGGUCUUAUCAGAGCUUGAGAAAAACGUGAAGUCGCUAUAUGGAAAAGAUCCAGAACAUGGAACAGAUCGAGUUUCCUUGGAAGACCUGCCUGCGGAUGCGGCCAUAGGUCAAAGUCAGCUCGGCAAAGUCGAGACUGUUUACAUUCCAUCCGAUCAAAUAGACCCUAACUUCGUGCUCAAAAAUUCGAAUAGCAAGGAUUUCACACCAUUCCGUCUAAUGACGCCCUUCGAUGGUCUAACUGCAGAAAGAAUUGGAUGUUUACAAUGCGGAGAAAAUGGUGGAAUUCGUUAUUCUGUGUUUUCUAGCAUCAGUUUGAAUUUGCCAAGUGAGAACAUUGGAGCCACAUUAAAAUUAUCAGAGCUACUCAAGGAAUGGGUAAAACCGGAAAUUAUUGAAGGUGUGGAAUGCAACCGGUGUGCUCUUACCGCAGUGUAUGAGCAUCUGCGGGGAGCGUUAGCAGACCAAGAAAAACUUCCGAACGUUCCCGAAAAGCUGUUAUUAGCGGUCAAGAACCGACUAGCGGAAUUAGAACAAAUUCUAUCGAAACCGGUUGUGGAUGAUGAUGACUAUAAGAAAUUACACACCGAGAAUAUGAUCAGAAAAUGUUCAAAAAGCAAACAAAUCUUGAUUGCACGCCCACCGCCACUGUUAGCUAUUCAUAUUAACAGAUCCGUCUUCGAUCCUCGAACUUUCAUGAUUAAGAAAAAUAAUUCACGCGUUGCGUUCAAAUCUAGGUUAAAUCUUUCACCAUGGUGCUGCGAUAUUGAUGAGAUCAAUUUGGAUGCACGUCUACCUAUGUCAAAAAAGGACGAAAUUUUGCAAGAGUCAUCUGAAGACGAAAAUGUCGGGGGAGAUUAUUUCGCAAAAUUGCAUAAGCGGUUUGAAGCUGAGUUUGAGGACAGUGACGAUGAUGAGGACGAGCAAUACUUACGCCGUCGCGACAGAACGGUCAAAAACUACGAUCCGUUAGCUGGUGAAGUGGAGAGUGGCAGCGAAGAAGAGCAAGAAGUGAAUUCCCCGGAACAACGGUACGACGCUCUGGGCAAUUCAAUCCUACCUGCAGUGCAACAAGCGCAUGGCGAUGAGGAAAAGCAAGUCGAAGAUGUGGAUGAAACUGAAGACGAUCAAUCUUCUGAGGAAGAAAGCCAAGAUGGUCCGUACGCACCAGUGUCUACGAAUAGUGCCUCGACUGUACCUGUCGGUCCGCUCACAUACGCACUUCGGUCGGUUAUCGUGCACUAUGGUACGCAUAACUAUGGUCAUUACAUUGCAUUCAGAAGAUUUCGUGGUCUGUGGUGGAGAAUUUCAGACGAAACGGUCUACGUGGUGAACGAAGAGGAAUUACUUUCGACGCCCGGCGUUUUCAUGUUGUUCUACGAAUACGCAUAUGACGAAGAGACUGGUAAAUUGAAAGAUGAUCUUGACUGGGAAGAGGGUAAAGAUACACAAGAAGACAUCUAA